UUAUACUUCAGUUAUUUGCAUAUCUAUCUAUCUUACCAAUGUUACUUAAACCCAAUUUAUUUCCACAAUCUAGACUGAACUGGACUUGGAAAGACGUAACAAGUGACGACAACUGGAACCGCCCAUGAAUGUAGUUUCAACUAGGUCCGCUAGCUGACUAUAAAUAACUCUUCUGCAACGUUUUUCUAUAUUCGGUUGUUGUGGUUUGAAGAACAGUAUCUGCAGACAUGUCUGGAAGAGGAAAAGGUGGUAAAGGACUGGGAAAAGGAGGCGCUAAGCGUCACCGAAAGGUUCUUCGCGAUAAUAUCCAGGGAAUCACUAAACCCGCUAUUCGUCGUCUUGCUCGCCGUGGCGGAGUCAAGCGUAUUUCUGGCCUGAUCUAUGAAGAGACUCGCGGUGUGUUGAAGGUGUUUCUGGAGAACGUCAUUCGUGAUGCUGUUACUUACACUGAACACGCCAAAAGAAAGACCGUCACCGCCAUGGAUGUUGUGUACGCUCUGAAACGACAGGGACGCACCCUGUACGGAUUCGGAGGUUAAAUCCUUCGUGAAGAAGGAAAAUCCAACGGCUCUUUUAAGAGCCACC